AUGUCUGUCUAUCGACAACAGAUGAAAAAGGUGACGGGAGGCGGACCUCGUGAUCUCGCUCCCAUGGGUUCUGCUCGACCCGAUGCCAAUCGUGGGUCUAGUAUGCCUAAUUUGGGGAACCUGCAUUUCGGAGGUGCGUCCGGUAUGCCUCCGCCGAACUUGAACUCCGGUCGCAACAAACCUUCCGACAGCGACGAAGAUGAAGACGUCCCUCUUGGCAUCCUACAAGCUCACGGCUUUCCCAAUGGAGCUCGGCCACCUACUCGUCUUGGGAGCGGUCAGAAUGAUGUCGAAUACCAACGCCGUACGUCGGUUGCAGGCUCCGUUGUCAACGGUGGCGGAGGCGGCGGUGGCUAUCCCGCCUUUGCCCGUCGCCUACCAGCGGAUCCCUACUUCGGUGCUGGGAUAGUAAAUCAAUCCAACCGGGAAUCUCUGGCCCUGCAUCAUUCUUCGUCCGCGUCGGUCUACGGUGGCAUGGGUGGUGGCAUGCCUCCCACCCCGGGUGGUCUCGUUGGCGUCAUCGCUGGGGAAGAACGCGCUCGUGCCGCCCGCCGUGCUAACCCUGGCUCUCAAGGUUUCGGCUAUCACGCCGGUGGGUCAAAUACGAAUCUGCCCCUACCGACGAACAUGCUCCCUCCACAACAACAACAGCAGACUCCUCGCGCCAUGUCCAUGACGGGCACCAUGAACCCCAUGAGCAUGAUGCCCGGGAUGAUUCCCCCCAACAUGGCCGCGCAGAUGGAUCCCAGCAACCCCCAAGUCCAGCAGUUCAUGCAGAUGCAAAUGCAAUUCAUGCAGAGCAUGAUGGCCCUACAACAGCAACAAGUCGCCCUGUCAGGCGGCAACCCAGCCGCAUUACAACAGCCCAUGGCG